AUGGGUAAACCAAAGGUCUUAUUAGUUCUUUACGCUGGUGGUAAACACGCACAAGAAGAAAAGAAGUUAUUGGGAGCAAUCGAGAACGAAUUGGGUCUUCGUCAAUUCAUCGAGGAAAAUGGUUAUGAUUUAGUUUCAACCACUGAUAAGGACAGAGAAGGAUCUGAGUUUGAUCUGAAUUUAGAAGAUGCUGAAAUUGUCAUCACUACUCCAUUUUACCCAGCUUACUUGACCAGAGAAAGGAUUGCCAAGGCACCCAAAUUGAAAGUAGCUAUCACUGCAGGUGUUGGUUCAGACCAUGUUGACUUGAACGCUGCAAAUGAAAGAGGUAUUUCAGUUUUGGAAGUCACUGGUUCCAACGUUCAAUCGGUUGCCGAACAUGCCGUUAUGACCAUGCUUGUUUUGAUCAGAAACUACAAUAUUGGUCACUUGCAAGCUACUUCCGGAGGUUGGGAUGUUGCUGCUGUUGCUAAAGAGGAGUACGACUUGGAAGGUAAAGUUGUUGCCACUGUUGGUGCUGGCAGAAUUGGUUACCGUAUUUUAGAAAGAUUGGUACCAUUCAAUGUUAAAAAAUUGUUAUACUAUGACUACCAGCCAUUGCCUGCUGAAGCUGAAGACAAGUUGAACAAAGCCUCUCAGUUGUACAAUGAUGUUGACAUUAUCGUUGAAAGAGUCGAAAGUUUGGAGGAAAUGGUCUCUCAAGCAGAUAUUGUCACCAUCAACUGUCCAUUGCACGAACAAACAAGAGGGUUAUUUGACAAGGCCUUGAUCUCGAGAAUGAAGAAGGGUUCCUACCUUAUCAAUACUGCCAGAGGUGCCAUUUGUGAUGCUGAUGCUGUAGUUGAAGCUUUGGAAUCCGGUCAUAUUGCAGGGUAUGCAGGUGACGUCUGGAACGUUCAACCAGCACCAAAGGACCACCCAUGGAGAAAGAUGCACAAUCCAUACGGCCCAGAAUAUGGUAACGGUAUGACACUUCAUGUUUCUGGUACUUCAUUGGAUGCUCAAGCCAGAUACGCUGCUGGUGUUAAGCAAAUCUUGACUCAGUACUUUGACAAGACAUACAACUACAGACCUCAAGAUGUCAUUUGUAUCGAUGGUCACUAUGCUACCAAGGCUUAUGGACAACAUGACGAUGCUAAGAAAGUCCCCAAAUAA